GAGGCUUAUAAGACAUCUAAUCUGGAACUGAGUUCAGCCCCAACUAUGGCAGAGAUUCGGCUCAAAUUAACCGAGUUUGAGAACGUUGACGACAGACUUCCAGGAACAGUAUCUUGGCUCAUCACUGGUAUCAAUCUGGAGGAUUUACAGGAUGCAUUGAGAGCGAAUAUACGACAACUUCCUAAUGAUGCAACCUCUGCUCAGAAAGCUUCUAUAGAAGAAAAGAGACAGAGAUUGGCAGCUAGGAUUGCCAAAUUUCAUGAAACUGCCGAUGCUAUGACUGCUGGCAUGGAUCUUGAUAUUGGAACAGUGCAUUCUGACGAUCCUAGAUUCUGUCGUACAGAUAACGAUGGUAAUGAGUGGGUGGAGGUUUCAGAUGAAGAGAUCUCAGAGGAUAUAGAUGAAGAAAUCCUCACAGAAGAGAUGGGUAUCUGGAUGCCAUCUUCGACUUCUCGACACAACAGAUUGACUCUUGGGCUGGGCCCCCUUCAAGCUGAAGAGUUGGAACUUCAAAAAGGCCAAGCCAACGACUGCCUAGAAAACCUUCGUAUGGCUCUCGGUCACAAGGCCCUUAUUUAUCGUCAGUAUUUUCGAAGUGCCGAUUCUACGUGGGCUGGCACCAGGUCGAAGCAAGAAGCUCGUCGAUGUCAGCUCAAAAUUGACAAAUAUGUAAGAAGCUAUCAGAGGGCAAGGUCAGCAAUGCAACAUCUAGGCAUGGACGAAGCUACCUUGGGCAGUAUUUAUCGAGAAAUAUUGCCCACCGAACUGAGUAUAGACAAAGAGGUGACAGAAGAAAAUAGAUUUGGUCAAGGGUCAGACAGACUGGCUUGGUUUUGGAGGGUGAAUAAUGCCAGCGAAGGUCAAGAAGAUGCUUGGAUGGAUGAAUUCUAUAGGGUCAACUGGUUGAAGGCAAAGGCUAGAUGGAGUAGAUGGCAGGAGGAGUUGAGUCUGGUAAGACAUGAAAUGGGUUGGACCAUAAACUGGUUCAAGUAUCACCAGAAAGAAUGGAACAGAAGGUGGCAGCAAGCGACUAGACCUGGUCAUCAAGCCUAUGCUUAUCAACAGGUCUUGAUGUGGGGAAGGUUUGCUCAGGAUGCUGAGAAGGCUUUCAAUGGGUGUGGAUUUGUACCUUGA